AUGGAGGGAGCUCCCGUGACCGCAGCCACGGGGGCCUUGGGCCCCGUCGUAGCCAAGUUGGGUGCUCUGCUGGGCAGCCAGUACAAGCUUCGGCGCAGGACUCGCAAGGACGUCAAGUUCAUCAAAUCCAAGCUCAAGUCUGUGCACUCUAUCCUUUGGGCGAUAUGGGGGAAGGAGACUCUUGAUGCGCAAUCCAAGGAGUUGAAGAAGGAAGCGCUGGAUCUCACCGAUGAUAUGCACGACGCCAUCGACGACUUCAUCCUCACCAUGGAGCCCAGCCGUCGAAACAAGCACAUGAAGAUACAGAUCAAGAUGCAAGCAAGCCCCUUCCAAGAUUUCAGGACAAGAGUAGAUGAUGUGUCAGCCCGGUGCCGCGGCAAGUGGAAGUGGGAGAAGAACAAGUGUGCUCAACCCAUCUCCAGCUUAUUUUCAAGAAGAAACGCCAAUUCCAGCGCCUCCAGCAAACCGCCUCCUCCUCGAGCUCCAUUUGUCCGGAAGGAUGCAUCAAAGCUCGUCGGUCUGGACACAUGGAGGAAUGAUCUCAUCAGAUACCUGGUAGGAGAUGAAGAGACCACAACGGUGCAGCCGCAGCUCAAAAUGGCAUUCAUUGUUGGAAUGGCCGGUGUGGGGAAAACAACCCUUGCCAGCCUUGUUUACGAGGAGAUUGGAAAUAAGUUCCAGUCCCGGGCUUUUGUGUCUCUCACUCCAACUCCCAACAUGAAGGAGGUUCUCACGAGUACUCUCCGACAAGUAGGAGUUGAACCACUUGCUGGUGCCGAAGCAAGGACAGAGGAAGAUAUCAUCCACACCAUAUCGAAUUUCCUAGAGGACAAAAGGUACCUAGUAAUAAUUGAUGACAUAUGGCAUCGUGGAGAAUGGGAGAUCAUCAGCAAGUCUUUUCCACAAAAUACUCUGGGCAGUAGAAUUGUCACGACAAGUCGUAUUGAUCCUAUACCAGGAGAUGAUUUGGAUAAUAACAAGUUCUACAUCAAUAUGAAUCCUAGAUGGGAUUUUUUUAAUGGAAGAUGGUUGUACCGGCCUGAUAGAUUCCUCUACGCAACUGAUGAGGAAGAUGUGGCUGCUCGGAUGAAGCCUGACAUGGUUGGAGAAGGUUUUGACUGUGACCAUCCUAUUGUGCGCAUGUGUGGUGGUGUCCCGUUAGCACUACUUUGCAUGUUUUCAGCAAUGGCAAUGGUCCGACAGCAACAAGAACAACUAGGGGUACAUGUAAAGGUACGUGAUGUGCAAGAUAUGAUUGAGAAGCAAGUUAAGCAAAGUGGAAUUCAGAACACUCCAGGGUACGAACCGUUGGUACAGAGCUUGCAGCUUGGCUACGAUGAUCUUCCUCACCAUAUGUUGAAGACCUGCUUGUUGUACUGCAGUGUAUACCCUGAGAAUUACCCUAUUCACAUGAAUGAUUUGGUCAUGCGAUGGGUUGCUGAAGGAUUUACUUAUAGUGAGGAUGUAGCAAAAGAUUACCUCAAAGAGCUUGACAACAGGGGGUUCAUGUUGCGGACCCAUGACGUGGCCUACCGGAUGAAUCCGAUGAUACGAAAUUUCCUUAGAGGGAAAUCCCGUGAAGAUAAUUUCAUUACUUGCAGUUCGGACAUCACAUUGGCAUAUGCAUGCCGAAUCCAUCGGCUAUGUGUCGACAAUGAUCUAGUUGAUGAUGGUGCGGUGGAGGUGGUGGAUACCUUGUUGGAACUGGAUUGGUCCCAGAUUCGAUCUCUUGUUGUUUUUGAAGGUGCUAAGAGAUAUGUCCCUUUUGAGAAGUUGGAACGUGUGCGGGUGUUGGAUCUUCAAUAUCACCAGCAUCCUCUUCUCGAGUCUAGAUGGGAUCCUUUACUGGAUGUUGGAUUCAAGGCCCUUGGAAAUCAGCAUUCGAAGGAUAUAUGUGGACUGCUCUCUGUGAGGCAUCUAUUCGGCCUACAAGGGACAAAAAUCAGUGAGAUACCACCAGAAAUAGCAAGGCUGCAGCAUCUGGAGACUUUGCAGGUAAGAUCCACAUGGAUCACAGAGUUACCUUGUGAAAUUGGGGACCUACAGCAGUUGAAGACUCUGGACCUGAGCUAUAACGACAGGCUUAGGGAGCUGCCACGUGAGAUUGGGAACCUCCAGAAUUUGGAGAAUCUGAACCUGCAGUACACCAAGCUCACAGAGCUGCCUCGGCAGACUUGGAAGUUGAAGCAUUUGAAAACACUGGAGGCGGGUUACACAAGGAUCACAAGGCUACCUAGUGAAAUUGGGGACCUGCAUCAUUUAGAGACCCUGGACCUGCGUCACAACUGGGGGCUCACACAGCUGCCUCGUGAGAUGUGGAAACUGCAGAAUUUGAAGCGGCUGCUCUUGAGUGGUACAGGGGUGGUGAAGAUACCAAGGGAAAUCGGAGGGCUGAAGAAGCUGGAGAUUUUGAAAUUAGACGACACCAUCGGUGCACUGCCUUGGGAAGCUAGUCAGCUCUUGAAAUUGGAGGGAGUGCCCGAGUGCGUCCGCCAAGCCUCGAAGAAGAGUGAUCUUGUAUCUGAGUUAGCCGGGGAGAUCUUGUCCAUUCGACUGCUCCGUUGGGUUGGUGACAGGGGUGGCCUAAUCGUUGGCAGAAAAGACAUGGGAAUUCCAUGGUGGAUCAAGGAUCACUUCAACGACCUUGGCUCCUUGGAUAUCAGGAUAUGCAAACUGGAAGAGCAGCGGGAUCUCAAGAUUCUGCGGGAGAUGCCCAACCUGGACAAACUGACGCUAAGGUUUGAGGUCGUCCCAAGAGAGCCCAUAGCCAUCAGCAGUGAAGGGUUCCCGAGGCUCGGGGAUCUGGUUGUUGACUGCCGCGUUCCACGGGUUAUCACCUUCCAGGAAGGAGCAAUGCCGAGGCUGUAUGGGCUUGUGUUCAAGUUCCAGUUCUACGGUGGCCCACCAAAUAAACAUCCCAUGGGCAUCAAGCACCUCCGGCGCCUCAAGUGGGUCGAGUUUAGAUGCAACGAGGAAUGGUAUGGAGAAGCAGCAGAGAGCAGCCCGUGCAUGAGCGCCAUGAUUGACGUCGUGAGGAAAGAAGCCCAGGAGCAUCCCAACGAGAUCUACUUUCGUGUCCCUGGCCGCGAGCUUGAGACUUUUCCAGCCAAGGAGAGCUUGGCGCGGGAGGUUUCCAGCAGUGUGACUGACACUGAGAUGAAGAGUGAGGAGAAGAAGAGCGCGCAGGAGGUUUGCAGCAGCAGCAGUGCGGGGACGAUCGAGAUCAAGGAAGAGGAGGAGGAGGAGGAGAUCCUGGAACUGGAAGCAGCAGCCAGCAGCGUGAGUGGGUUUCUUCCUUGACGAGCUAGGCAAAUCAAAUUAAUGUACACACAACACGACCCUCGAGCGAGGUUAAUCAAUUGGUUAUUUCACUAUCCUAAUCAUCUUCAACUAUAUAUAUAUAUACAUACAUAUGGCGGCCAUUCUUCUUCAAUCUUGCUUGCUUCCUUGCUUCGACAUGUAUCCCCGGCCCAGCAAAUGGUGGGCAUAAGAUUUUACUACAGUAAGGACAAUGGGGAACAAGCCUCCUCCUCCAGCUGAUGCUACCUAGCUACCUGAUGGCAAAUGUAUCAGUAUCUGUAUCAAGGCCAGCCGGUACUAGGUUUUAUUACGGACUUAAUUGUUAC